AUGGCGACCCUCCUGCAAGCAGCCAUCACCAUCCUCUUCGCUCGUAACUACAACACCCCGGUUCACUCGCCAGCAAAGGAUUCCUGCGUAUCGUCAGACUUCCAUUUGAAUGGGGAUUAUCUUUUGGGCGGACUUUUUCAACUGUACGGCGCAAUACAUAAUGUGACGUUUGACUUUCCUGUGGCCCUGGAAUGUGACAGAUACAAGUUCUCAGCAAGAGGUUAUCAAAUGUUACAAGUGCUGAGGUUUGCUGUAGAGCAAAUUAACAACUCAACCUCCAUCUUGCCUGAUGUGUCUCUUGGCUAUGAGAUCUUUGACCAUUGCUCAGACAUUCAUAAUUUCCCAUCAGUUCUUGAUUUCCUCUCCAAAAAUGGGUCUGUUAAAAUUCACCUUGCUCAUAAAGAUUUUGAGCCUAAAGUUAUGUCUGUGGUUGGCCCCUUUGGAAGCACUCAAACUAUUACAAUUGCUCCAUUUUUCAUGAUGGAGCUUCUGCCAAUGGUUAAUUAUGGAUCAGCAAGCUCCAGUUUAAGUAAUAAAAAGGCAUUUCCAUCCUUCCUACGAACUGUGUCCAGCAACAGAGGUCAAGUACAGCUGAUCAUUCGCAUUUUAGAGAGGUACAAAUGGAACUGGGUCGCAUUCAUAAGCUGUGACAAUGACUAUUGUCAAGAUGCACUUCAACUCUUCAUCGAUGGUAUAAGAGAGACCAGCAUCUGCUUGGCUUACCAGGCGGAACUCACAAAAGAUUCAAAACACAACACCAUAAUUCGAAACAUAAACGGAUUGCGAAUAAAUGUAAUAAUAGUUUACACUCUGCAAGCCUAUGCAGUUUCAUUCAUUGAAUCGGCCAUACAGAACAAUAUGCAUGACAAGGUGUGGAUUGCAUGUGAUGCCUGGUCUUUGAGUAAAGGACUUCCCACUCGCAAAAGACUCAACACCGUCGGUACUAUUAUUGGAAUUACAGAAAGGGUUGUGAGUUUACCCGGGUUUAGAGAAUUUGUCUUCAAAUCUCAGGGUCGCAGUAAACACCGGGAAUGCAAAAGCAGAAAACGGCAGGAUUUUACAGCAACCUGCAACCAAGCUUGCUAUCACUGCUCUAACGUGAACGCAAGCAAAAUAAUUACUGAAGAUCCAUCUUAUAACUUUGCUAUUUACUCUGCCGUUUAUGUUGUGGCAAAAGCCUUACACACAAUAUUACAGUGUGAUACAAACGGAUGCAACAAAACUGAAGAAAUGUACCCAUAUAAGCUUCUAGGAGAAAUAAAGAAGUCAGAUUUCACACUGCUAAAUCAGCAAAUAAAGUUUGACAAAAAUGGAGAUCCUCCUUCAAGAUACAACAUAGUAUACUGGAACCUGGACUCCUCUCCUCCAUAUCAGUAUGUAGGAUCAUAUGACACAGAGCCAGCUGUGAGUUUCAGUAUUAAUGAAACGCUCAUUCGCUGGUACACCAACGGAACCAUUCCUGUGUCACGGUGCUCUGAAGAAUGUCAAAACGGCUCUGUUAGGACACCAUACAGAAUGUAUAAGUGCUGCUUUCUGUGCGAUGUCUGUCCGAAAGACACCUAUAUCAAUCAUUCAGAUGUAAAGUGGGUGACGCUAUAAAUUGGCCCAAGAGGCGGAAUUCCUUCACUCCUGCACGAGAGACAAGUCGGAGAGCACAUCUGAUUAUCCGCAAGCAGAUC